UCCUGCUACACUUGCUCCUGCACACUUGUUGCUGGCACCAUGCAGCCUGCUCGCCUCCUCCUCUUCCUUCUCCUUCUGCUCCCUGGGACAGCGGCAGAUCCAGAGGGCUCCUGUAAACUCCACCUUUUCCAAAUCGUCAUCUUCCACAACACCAGCUUUGCGGAUUUUUCAGCCUGGGCCACCCUGGAGGACAUGGUCUUUGCUAGCUGGCAGAAACACAACGACAGCAUCCUCUACUGCUACCCAUGGGUCUAUCCAGCCCUGCCUGAAGAAGAGUGGAAGAACUUGAUAAAUGUGUUCAAGAACUACCUUCAUGGCUUCGUUCCAUCCCUAUCCAGCAAUGUCAACCUGACCCAGACACCCUACCCUUUUGUCAUCCAGGGUGCAGCUGGCUGCGACUUGUAUCCCAAUGGCUCCUACACCAGAUUUGGCCAUCUUGCCUUCAAUGCCCAUGAAUUCCUCAGCUUCAAUGUGGACAACAGGCACUGGGAGAGGAAACAGAACAGUCAGCUGGCAGCAGAAGUUGAAAAAGAGUUCAACAGCUUCACUAUCUUCUCUCAGACCCUGCAGUUCCUCCUCAAUGUGACCUGUGUUGACCACAUGAAGAAAUUCAUUCAGUAUGCGAAGGUUGAUCUGGAGAGACAAGAGCUCCCCGUGGCCACGGUCUUCGCCCGCACGCCCAGCCCAGCCCAGCUCCUGCUCGUUUGCCACGUCACCGGCUUCUACCCACGGCCCAUCAGCGUGGCCUGGCUGCGGGACGGCCAGGAGGUGCCGCCGGGCCUGGCGCUCAGCACCAGCGCCAUCCUGCCCAACGCCGACCUCACCUACCAGCUGCGCAGCGUCCUGGCCGUGGCCCCCCGCGACGGGCACAGCUACGCCUGCCGCGUGCGCCACCGCAGCCUGGGCACCCGCAGCCUCCUCGUGCCUUGGGAAAUACAAAGGCGCGGCUCAGCUCUGACCAUCGGCAUCACUGUCAUGGUGCUGCUCCUCGUGGCCGCAGCCUGUGCCGGGGGGUUUUGGUGGUGGAAGCACAGGAAAAGCGAUGAAGCCCAGUAAUUCAGGAUUUGAGGUCUAUCUGUCCAACGAGCUACUUCACCACUGGCUCUCCUUGAUCAUCUCAUCUCAUCUCAUCUCAUCUCAUCUCAUCUCAUCUCAUCUCAUCUCAUCUUUUCCUGCCAGUGCAGGAAAAGCGAUGAGUCCACAGAACUCAUGAUGUGAGGCCGAUCUGCCCACCCAGCAACGGGCUCCUUCACCACUGUCUCUCCCUGCUCAUCUCACAACUUGUCCUUGACCCACCAAGCAACGAGGGUUUGCUCUGGAAAAGGAUCACAUUAAACAGCUACAA